UUCGUCCUUCUUACCUCUCCAAUGCUUGGAGAAAAGAAAAAAGUAUAAACCGCUUGUGCCUCCACUCCCUCCCCUCCCCUUCCCUCCCCCUCUCCCCUUUCCCGCCCCUCUCCCCUAUCCCCCCCCUCUCCCCUUUCCCCCCCCUCUCCCCUUUUCCCCCCCUCUCCCCUUCCCCCCCCGCCCCCAUCCCCCACAUGGCCUUUGCCGCUUGGCUUUGCCGGCAGUCCUCGGUUUGGGAUAGCACAUGA